AAAUUUUCUAUCACACACCGGAUGUAAACAAAGCUGUGUGCAUCUCUGAUGAUCUCAGGGAGGCGAAAGUUAAAGAUUUUUGCCUUUUCCCCUCUGAGUUGUACUGUCCUUUCAUCUAUCUGUCCACGAUACCAAAUGCAGUUCUGACAUAUAAUGUGUACAACUGCCUGGUUACACCACACGUCUAUCUCGGAUUCUUGGUUUUAUAAAUAGUAUGUCGAUAAGUAAAAGUAAUGGGGGACUGCAGUACGAUGGUGAUAGUGCCACGGAGGGAGAAGAGCGACCUCUUCUUCGUAAUAAGGAGGAACACAAAACGUACAAACGACGAUGGUAUGUUCUGGCUGUCUUCAGCUCCGCCUGUUUCAUACAGGCGGCCGUGUGGAACACGUGGGGCCCUAUAACUCAGUCCGCGGAGGUGGCUUUCGGAUGGAAGGACAGUCAGAUUGGGAUGUUGGCCAACUGGGGAAACAUCGCGUACAUAAUUACCGUGUUUCCCGCUUGCUAUUUCAUGGACACUAAAGGUUUACGGGUGUCGUUUGUGGCUUGCACAGUUCUGAUGUUAAUUGGUACCGGAGUGAGAUGUAUCACGCUGGAACCACAGUACGCCACGUGGUUGAUGAACUUAUGCGCUAUUUUGAAUGGUAUUGCCGGGACAGUGCCGUUUGCUGGGCCUGCGCUGAUCGCCAACACGUGGUUUCCGCCAAACCAGAGAACGACCGCUACAGCAAUUUUAUCUAUAUUCAAUUAUGGUGGCGUUGCCAUGGCGUUUGUUAUAGGCCCACAGCUGGUGUCGUCACCAAAGUAUAGAAAUGAAACUCAUAUUGAAAACAAUACAUACAGAGACAGCAGAUUAUCAUUAGGACUAGAAGAAAUAGUACACUGUUCGAAAAAUAUCUCCAAUUCAUCUCAAGUGUUGAUUAACUUUGAGAGUGUCCGCCACGACAUACGUUACUUGAUGUAUUACGAAUGUGCUGUUGCCGGACUGAUUUUUAUAUGCAGUAUUUUCGUACCCUCCAAACCUCCCACCCCACCAAGUGUGUCGGCUUCAACAGAGCGUGUGGAGUACAAGGGGGCGCUGAUAAAUAUUGCAAGGAACAGAGCCGUGUGGUUAAUCGGAUUGGCUUACGCUCUGCCCGCGGGGGUGUAUGGGGUGUGGGGUGCCGUUAUUGACGUCAUCCUGAAACCCGUGGGAAUUGCACAGACGGAGGUUGGGUGGAUCGGAUUUUACUCGAUAAUGGCCGGCUGUGUCUCGGGUCUCGCAAUAGGAAGAUUUUCGGAUUUGUUCAUGAGACAUAUGAAGUUCUUCCUCCUGGUAAUGUUUGCCUUGGCAGCAGGAUCUUUUGUGUGGUUCACGCUUUUGUGUGUCAAGGUCAUUCCAUUCUCCACAGUACAAGUAUACACAUGUAACAUUUUGGGAGGGAUGUUUCUUAAUGGUGCUAUUCCCCUGUUCUAUGAGCUGGGGGCGGAGUCCGCUUUCCCUGUAUCAGAGGGAGUGGUUGGAGGAUUUCUGACGUGGCUCAACAACGUGUUCGGAAUUAUAUUCUUGUUCAUGCUACAAAUACCGGGUAUAGGCACAGACUGGAUGAACUGGACUCUAGUAGGAAGUGUAGCCGUGGGGCUGAUGUUUCUGUUCGUCUUCCCUGAGCGGUAUACGAGGACUGACAUAGACAUCUGUGUAGACAAAGCUGAGACAGAUCACCCAGAAACCAUCAUUGUAGUCAGACAGACUGUGUACGAGAAUGUAUGAUGAAUGAUGAGACAAUCCCAUUAGUGUAUUUUAGAAUUGUGAUGAAAACGAUUGUAGCAUGUAGCAUACUUUAUCAUUAAUUUAUUGCAUAUAAUCAGUGGAUAAUUAUCAUAUAUUAAUGGGGUAUUCCAAAUGCCUGAUCUCAUUCUGCACGUGACCACACGUUUUGAGUUGUACAUGUAGGACUGUGAUAGUCGCCACUAUAUACAAAAUUCAUGUAACCUAAAUAAAGUGAAGGUUCGAUAGAGUGAAAAAAAAUGAAAUCGAUCAAGUUUUAAAGGCACACUUUCCAUUUAAUUGGAUUUUUCAUUAAACAAUAUCCUGUGAAAUCAUUGAAGUUGCACAGAAACCCACGUUUUUCGCAGUUUAAAUAUCUACAGAGAGCAUUAUCUACAUGUAUAUUCAAGAUGAAAAGUGAUAUUGUUGUUAAUUUGUGCAAUAAUCUUUGUUGUUUUGCAUGUAUAAAACUUGUCAAUGUUUGUCCAUAUGUUUGAAUUCCUACAAUAUCGUCAGGAUCAUAGUCUUAUAUGUAAAUCUAACUCAAUAAACUAUGCCCCCGCAGCCUAUGUUUAGGGAGUAUUUGAAAUCAUCAUGUCCGUCUGUCUGUAGACAUGAUUUUGUCCACACAUGUUCUGAGAAACUAGCGCAUGGAUUUUUAUAUAAAAAAAAAUGUAUACUUUUUUAAUCACCAUAUAAAUAGUGUAUCUGCACCUGAUAUUUUUAUCAUGGUGGGACUGUUUUUCUUCAUUUUACAGGUGUUGUUUUUUUCUUCUUCAGAUUUAUGGACUUUUUGAUUUUGUUUUACAUUUGCAUCACAUUCUCUCACAGAAACUACUGCAUAGGUUUAGGAUAGGGUAUAAAUAAAUCAUCGUGUCUGUUGUCUGUCUGUUUGUCUGUAGUCAUGAUUUUGCCUGUACAUAUCAAAGAGACUAGUGCAUGGAUGUACAAAUAUGACACCGAGGUCAAAGGAAUUUAGAGCACCUCUUUUCGGUCUUCAGCUAUUCAGUUUUUCAAAUAUGCCCCAAUAUGGAUGAGCCCUGUGGGGGUAUUAGUCCUCUUAGUAUGGGUCUAGUUUGACUUGCUCUCCUUGAAUGUUGAUAUUAUAUAAAUAAUCAAUAUUGCUCUGAAAGUGUGGUGUACAAAGAUGUAUUGCAUUGUUACUUUAUGGAUACUAUUGUUGGAUAUUUAAUAUUCAACUACAUGGCAUUAACAGAUGUUAUAUUUGUGAUGUGCAGGUGUUGUUAAUUAUAGCCGAGUUUUGAAAUAUACACGAUUGACAAAAUACACAAUGUAUAUUGUUUCAUGUUGUGUAUUAAAUACCGUAUAGGAGUUUUUUUCCGCGGGGUGAUGCAUUUGGCUUAUUUCAGUGAUAGUUUCCGCCAAAAGUUCACUCGCCAAAUAUGCAUCCACAUUGCGACUUGAGUAUUUGUAAGAGAGAUAACUCUUCCUUGUCCGCCAAAAUUUGUUCCGCUAUAGUUAUUAUUUUUUUUAAUUUGCAAAUUUUAGUAUCUGAUAAUAACAUUCAUACAUACAUUCACACACAUAGUUUAAUUAUAAUAACAUAUCAAGGUUGACAGUAUCAAGUAAAGAGUGGAAGGGCAUUAAUCAAAAAAUAUUUUUCCAUACAGCCUAGAUUACUGAAUUUUUUAAAAUCGCAGUUUUUUGAAAAUAUACAAUGGUCAAUUUCAUCCUAAUAUAUUGUAAUACACCCUCAAAAGAUGGAAAUCUAUUUUGUUUGCAACAUAAUUAUAUAUAUUGUUUGGUAUAUAAAAUUAUGUAAUUUAUUAUUUUGUUUGAAUUUUGUAAUGGACAAUCACCAAAAAUAAUAUUAAAUACAUUGAAACCAA